AUGGCGAGGAGGCUCCGUGCCGCCAUGGCCUUGUUACUGUUCCAGGCCUUACCCGAGGGGCUGCCCGCCAGCGUGGAGCCUGCCCAGGACAAGGAAACCUGCAUGGGUGUCAACAAUCAAAGUUACAUAUGUGAAACGGGCCACUGUUGUGGACAAUCCCAGUGUUGCAACUACUACUAUGAACUCUGGUGGUUCUGGCUGGUAUGGACCAUCAUCAUCAUCCUCAGCUGCUGUUGUGUUUGCCAUCACCGACGCACCAAGCAUCGCCUUCAGGCCCAGCAGCGGCAACACGAGAUCAACCUGAUCGCUUACCGGGAAGCUCACAACUAUUCAGCCCUGCCGUUUUAUUUCCGGUUUUUGCCAAAUUAUUUACUACCUCCCUAUGAGGAAGUGGUGAACCGACCACCGACCCCACCACCACCAUACAGUGCCUUACAUCAGCAGUGCAUCCCAGCAGGCAGCAGUAGCACAAUCCCAGACGCACCGAGAAACCUGCAGCCAGCACAGAGCAGCUCGGCAGCAGCCAGCAGCAAUAACAGCAGUACUGACAACGCCGGGGGGCCACCCGGCCUCGGGGACCCUGAGCCCUCCACCGCCUCGCUGCCUGAGCGAGCGGUUGCCAAAAUGCAAAGUGUUGAGCCCGGCGGCACCAGCACAGGAGCCGAGCUCGUGGAGAGGGCCGGCCCCGAUAAGGAUACAGAGUGCAAGGAGGGACUGCUGAAAGGUUACAGCUCUGAGAGCUUAGAGCAGAGCAGCGCCAUUCCCGACGGGAAGGACAAGACGCCGGGAAGGCAGCGCCGUUUCACCGGCGACUCGGGCAUCGAGGUCUGUGUUUGCAACCGGGGCCAUCACGAUGACGACCUGAAGGAGUUUGACGGGCUCAUCGAUGAUGCUCUGGACGGGCCCCUGGACUUCUGUGACAGCUGCAGUGGCCGUCCCCACGGGGACGAGGAGGAAGGGCUUUUUAAUGCCACGGAAGAGGAGCACCGUGAACACAGCCACCACCACCUGCCCCGGCAGCCGGUGUGUGUACUCUUGAACACAAUAAACGAGCAGGACUCUCCAAACUCUUGUACUAGUAACUCCCCCAGCUAAAGCGGCAGAGUGGAAAGGAGAACUGGGGGAAAAUACAAAGAAAUAAAAGUGGAAUAAGAGGAUUAAAACUUUAACAGGAGGAAAAGGUGAUACAGCCUUCUUUCUUUAGUUUGUUUUUCUUUCUCCCCCUCCAGUGUAAUUCGGGGACUAGUUCUCAAAGGCUCGGCUUGUGGGGGACAGGUCGCUCUGGGUUUUGUUAAUCA